AGAAAAUAGUACCAAAACAAGGCAUGACUAGCCAUAACAGUUGCACAAGCAUGAACAUACUACCAUCAAAAGAAGGCUUUUUCAGCCAAAACAAGGCUGAAAGAACAGUAGCAAACAAAGCCACUUUCAGCCAUUAAUUGUAUCAAAACAAGGCUGUGCCAUAACAAAAAAAAUAAGGUUGCACCAUAAAAGUAGUAGCAAAUGAAUUUUUUUUUUCCUGAAGUUGGACAUGUAGAAACUACCAAGCAAUCAGCAAUGUUUUUCCAGUGAGAAAAGAUUACAAAUAACUGCAACCGUUUUCCUUUUGUCAAUCUGCAGAAUUGGUUUGCCUGGACCGUUACUGUCCCUUAAAAUGACACACAUACAAAUCAAGAACUUUUGGCCCAGGGGACUUCAACUGGUUCAAUCAUAUUCAACAACUAAGGGAAUGUCGAAAAGAGUUGGUUAAAGGAAGCAGGGGUCAGGAGUUCAUAGAGUAGAUGUUUAGAAAAAGUAACUCGAACGAGUUAAUUUGUCGAAUACCAUUUGAAAACUCAACUUCACUACUACAACAGACAAGUCAUAAAACUGCUUUUCAUAUAAGGCUUUUCUACUGCUCAUGUAAGACUUUUCUACAGCUCAACUAACCGAAUGACGCAAAACAAUAGAUAUUACAUAGGAUAAGGUGCACGCACCUAGCUUGUGCCAACCUACAAGUUGUAUAUUAUAUACAGGGCUAGUGUAAUUUUUUUUUUUGCACAUCCAUACCAGCGAAGCAAUAAAAUUAGGGCUUCGAACUCAUACAAUUCAGAUGGAAGCUCGUGCAAGUGCAGGGUAAUUUGGGGGUUUUCCAAUUACAAGGCAAAUUUCGAAUUAGGGUUCUUUUGUAACCCAAAAAACUGAGUUGAAGGCUCAAAUAUAGAACACCCACAGACACAAAGAGAGAGAGAGAUAGAGAGAGAGACCUUGGUCGUUGAUCUGGUUCGUAGUCCUCUCUCUGCGUGAUUUUGAAUCUCGUCGGUGCGGUGGUGGUGGUUGCCGGAGGCACAGGGGUCUCUCGUUGAUGGGAGGUGGUCACCGGAGGUGGGGAGGCAGUGGUGGCGGUCGGCGGUGGUGGGAGGUCGCCUCACUCUCCCUAGUUGUUGAAGUCUGGUGUGAUUUGGAAAAACAAUCGCAUGUUUUGAAUUCCAGGGAUUUCAGUCCCUUUUCUCUCUCCUUUUUUUUUUAACUGGAUUAAGUGAGUGAAUCCCCUCCACUGCCAUGUCAGCAAUGUUGUAAAGAUGUUGUAAAAGAAGGUUGUAAGUGUAGCAUUAUUGAUAAAACCAGAUCUAGGGUUCAGCUUGGGCUUAUCUGUGAGAAACCAGAUCUAGGAUUUGCUAUGGCUCUCCGGAUUCUCCUUAGCAGCGGAAGAGGAGGGAACGCCGUUGUUCGCCAACGCUGCAAAACUGGAAUUUCAGAGCUUUUAAAAAGCUGCUUCUCAACCCCAAUCAUCAUCAACACCAUCCACCAUCGGCGGGGAUGCCAUUUUUCAAUGGCCGAUUGGCUUGCUGGUCGUUCAAUAGGGAUUAGUUUCUCCCACUAUCCAAAAGAUUCAUACAUCUUUCAAACCAUCACGGCCACCAUCAUGGAUCCCCAAAACAAUAUCGAAAUUGUGAGCAUAGCCCAGUCUGCCGUGAACGAACACAAUUCGAAAAGCGAAGACGACGAGGCGGAGAAGGGGGCUAAGGGUAAUCUUCGGUUCGUGGAGGUGCUGGAAGCCAGCCUUGAAUAUGACCGGGGAAUAACCAAAUUUAUCAUCACGUUCAGCGCAGUCGACGAGGAGGAUUGCGCCGGCGGCCUCACCAAACGUUACAAAGCAAUUGUUUCCCAGUCGACGACCACUGGUGUCCUCACGUUGAAUAAUUUGGGCCCCAACUCUACUCCCUUCCAGGACGAUUUUAUAAACGGUGAGUACCGAUAUAGGAAGGAGGCAGUGAAGAUGCAUUAAUCGUAUGGAUGUUCAAGUGUUUGUGAAUGGUGUUUUUGCCGGUUUAACUUAAUGUCAUGUUUUUGCUGGUUAAUUUAGGUUAUGUUGUGUUAUGUUUGAGUCGUGUAUUUUAUUCCCUUUAAAACUGAUGUAGAAGCACAGAGAUGCACUUAAAUUAUGUCUUAUAUUUUCAUAUUUUGCAUAA